CUGGCUCUUCUUCUUUUUUCUGCGCCCGUGUUCCCCUUUUUUCCCCAUCUUUCUCUUCUCUUUUCAUUCCUUUUCUCUCUUUUGAUUUCCCUCCUUCCCGCAGUUGGCUGGUGGUAAAGGCCCCUUUUUUUCUUUUUUGGGUAUUUUCGCCCAUUCGGAGUCCUGUUGGCGUACGCUCGCCCCUUUAACUAUCUCGUCGACGAGUACCGCUCCACCGACACUCAGUCCACGUUGAGCCGUGGGGCACUUCACAACUCCCCACCAACUGCUCCCUUUUUUUUUCUGAUUUUGCUCGUUCCUCAUCAACAACAACAACAUUCGCUUUGAUUUAAACGGGGAUUUGUCGUCGAGUUGUCGUCAUUUUGGGAUCAAAAAAGAGACAAUCAAAAGGCAACACAUCCCAUAUUUUGUUAGAAAAUCUUUUUCGUGUACAUAUUUCGUCCGACAGCCGAUUGUUCGUGCGUUCAAUUCUUCGUCUAACCGACAAAUUGAGCGACACGGCUUCAAAGUGCAUUGGAAAUGUCAACGAGAGAUUGAACGGCACCGAAACUACGUCAAGUGCUCAGACAUGCUGCCGUCCGUUUCACACUAAAUCGCUUCCACCGAAAACGAGUUCAGCGCCCAGUCGUGUUCCAUACGAAAUUGUUAACGCCGGAGCCCGAAGGACAAACUUUUGAGCCCAUUGCCUCGUUUCGCCAAGUCGUCGACAUCCAAGACGGAUUCAAUCACCUUAGAAUCAGGAAGUUCACAUCACGUCGACGUCGUCGUCGUGUAGCCACAGGCUGCUCCGGGACGUCCAUGAUGAUGACCCGGCUACUGGCCUCCACCAAUGGGUUGCAUUUUCUCAUCACUUUAAUCCUCUUCACGACAAUCAAGAGCGCAGAUGGACAGUGCGACAGUUGCACGUUGACGGUCAUGUGUUGGAUGAACGGUGGAAUCAGAGAAGGAGGCUGUCCAGGCCCUUCAUGGCUAAUGACGUGUUGCGUCCCACAAGUGACGCGGAACAGCGAAGAUGACAUGGCCAUCCAGUCAGACAACCGUUCACCACUCACCGCCGGACUGCGAUCCGCUCCCGGAGGCGCCCCAUUCAUCCUGGCCAAUACGCUAGGAGAGUCCAUCGCCAAUCUCCAAGGACGUGACGAUUUUCGCGGAGGUGUAGGAUCAUCCGGCCAACCCUACAUUUCGCAUGCUCGGUUCUAUAUGCCGCCUAACCACCCGAGUCUGUUCCUUCGCUUUGAACCUCGCUUGAGAGAACCUCCUGUCCUGCCUCCUGUGCUGCCAACGUUCGACAAUGUCAUCACUACUACCCCAGGGAUGUCAACGUCACCUUCGCAACAGCUCCAUUAUUUCGUCAAGAACAACAACAACAAGGCUCCGGGAAGUCCAUUCUCAUCAUCAGCCGUGCCAUACAAUCAGCUGCAGCCGCCGCUACCGCCUCCGCUGCCACCGUCUCCGCCGCAACAACAACCACAGCAUCAUGUGAUGACGCAGCAGCAACUCUAUCAGCACAAGAAUUUCCAGAUGCAGCAGCAGAUGUUCCCGCAACAGCCGCACGGAUUCAUCGGCCUAAAUAGUCUCAACAGUCUGUCGGGACCGCGGCCUGUCUGUGGCGUCCAGCCGCUCAAAUCCAGCAAACUACAGAAACGGAUCAUCGGUGGCGAUCAGGCCUCCUUCGGAGAAUUCCCUUGGCAGGCCCAUAUCCGCAUCGCUGGCUUUCAAUGUGGCGGAGUGUUAUUGAAUCAUCAGUACAUUGCCACAGCUGCCCACUGCGUUCACAGAGCGAAAUUGUCGCAGAUCAUCAUUUACCUGGGCGAGUACGAUACAAAAGAUCUGGACAAGACCGAAAUCCUACCCAAAGAGACGUUGGGUGUCAUCGAAAGAAAAAUUCAUCCUCAAUUUAAAUAUAUGCUCACCCAGCCAGACCGCUACGACGUGGCCGUUCUCAAGUUGAGCCGCUCGGUGGGCUUUCGUGACAACAUCUUACCCAUCUGCCUGCCACCGCAGGGCAAAGAUUACGAAGGUGCCCUGGGCGUCGUGGCUGGAUGGGGAAAAACGGAUACCUCGUUCGGAAAAACUGGGACAAACUUGCUUCAGAAAGUCUACGUUCCAAUCAUCAAUAACCGAGUCUGCUAUGCUUGGCACGAGCUCAAAGACAUCAUUCUAGAACUGCACGACGAAAUGUUUUGCGCCGGACACGAGCAGGGAAAAAUGGAUGCAUGUCUGGGCGAUUCUGGUGGACCACUGGUAGUGAAUGACGGAGGUAGAUGGACUUUGGUCGGAAUCACAUCGGCUGGGUUCGGUUGCGCGGUAGACCAUCAGCCGGGCAUUUAUCACAAAGUCAGCAAGACGGUACCUUGGAUCUUGGCGAAUAUCAACGAUUAAUUUAAAUUGACGAAAGUAAAACGCGACGAUUAAUGACACUACUUAAUAAUUACAAAUGAAGCGCAUUCAUCGGUCUUGUGAUCCUAUUUCCAACACACGCCUUUUCUUAUCUUUCGUAUGUCUCUAAAUGUGUUAUGAUAUUUUAAUUUUCAAAGUAUCGGGACAGAAAAAAUAAACGACAAAAAAAAUGAUGCCAUCUGGCAAAUUACAAAACGAAA